UCCAAUCUUAUAUCUCAAUCUUAUUACGAAAAUAUAUUUAUUCUCGAUCAUAGAAUAUAAAUUAUAGAAUCAACUUAUCAUAUGAAAUAGACUGGAAUAAAGUUGAAAUUUUAGACAAAAAAAAAAGUUUAAAACAAAAGACUUGUAACGGAAAUAAUCUAUAUCCAAAAACAAAAACAGCCAUUAAAUUUGCAGACAGACACAGAUCUCUUAGACCCGUUAUAUACAGAACUGUUUACUAAUGCCUGACGUUUCUAUCUCUUACUUUUCUCUCCGGAUUUACUGUUUAUUUAUUAUAUAUAUUCACUGUCAGCUUCACUGCACAGUUUUCUGUAAACGCUCGUUCAAUCCACAUCGUUAUGAUUUUGUACAUUUGCUUCAUGAUAAUAAGAUUCACUUAUCGAGACUAGAAAUCGUCAAUACGAAUUUGGCUGUUGCGCAGUUUCGCCGUUCAUCCGUUAACCGGCGCUAUCAAUACACAUUCCAUUUUAUUGUGUCACAAAUAGUCGCAAAUAAUACUUGGCCAAGGCUACACUGAUUUAUCCGAAGCGUCAAUUAUCGUCCAAAAGCAACAACAUGGACAUCGUGCUAUUAUCUCUGAUUCUUGGAGCGCUUAUAAUCUUUUACUUCUAUCUGACGCGAAAUUACAAAUAUUGGCAAAAACGUGGAAUUCCAUGCGUGGAUGGAGCCCUACCAGGAUUCGGCCACAUGCUAUCGGUGGCGUUUAUGAAAACGCAUUUAUCUGAUUUUUAUGACAAAAUCUACAAGAAUAACAAGGGUCGCAGCAUGGUCGGAAUCUACGACUUCACGUCGCCGUCGUUGAUGAUUCUCGAGCCGGAGCUGAUAAAAACGGUGCUGCAAACCAAUUUCUCGAGUUUUUCUAAAAACGCCAUCAAUAUUGACCCCAAAUUGGACCCGCUUUCAUCAUACAGUCCCUUCCUUCUUUCCGGUGAGAAGUGGCUACACAGUAGAAAACGCAUGACUUACGCAUUCUCCAGCAAGCGUCUAAAGAUCCUGCUCGAAAGCGUUAAAAAGGUGUGUGCGACGUUCGAGAAUUAUAUAGAUGGCAAGCUAAGCAAUGUUGAGAAGACAGAGUUCGAAUUGAAGGUCUUGUUCUCUAGGUAUAUUGCACAAGUGGCAGCCGCCGCCGGUUUCGGCAUAGAUGGAUACUGUUUCGAUGAUGAGAAAAAGGAUCAAUCUUUUCGAAAAAUCGGACAAGCCAUUUUUGAGCCGUCUACGCGAAAUGUAAUCAUGUUCGCUCUCGUAUUCUUCGUUCCGUCGUUGAACAAAAUCCUUAAGAUGAGAUUUAUCCCCGAACAUAUCGAUUAUUUCUUCAGGACAUUGGUUACAGAUCUCAUGGAACAAAGAAGAAAGGACAAAAUACCGAGGAACGAUUUUCUUCAUUUGAUGGCCGAAUUAGAACGGACAGAGGGCGAUAAAUUCGAUACUGAAAUGCUUGCAGGACAGACAUUGUCAUUCGUCCUCGAGACUGAGACUUCCAGCAGCAUUAUGAGCUACAUCGGUUUCCACUUAGUCAGCUACCCAAGAGUACAGGAGAAAUUACGCGAAGAGGUAAUGACUGUGCUCAACAGAUACGACGGUCAAAUUACUUAUGAAGGAUUGAAAGAGAUGACAUACAUGGAUCAAGUCUUCGACGAAACAAUGAGGAUGAUACCCGCAGGAAUACCUAUAAAAAAGCGAUGCACGGAAGAAUUCGAACUGAAAGGAUCCGAUGGACUUGUAUGCCGCGUUCAGCCCGGAACAGAGAUCCUGAUACCGGUUCAAGCUCUGCAUAAAGAUCCUCAAUACUGGGAAGAUCCAGAGAACUAUGAUCCUGAAAGAUUCAGUCCGUACAGAAAACAGAGUAUCAAGAAAUUCACUUUUUUACCCUUUGGCGAAGGCCCACGAAUGUGCGUGGGUAUGAGAAUGGCCCAGCUACAGAUAAAAGCAGGUCUAGCUACGAUUCUGAAAAAAUACAGAAUGGAACUAUCCCCGAAAACACAAAUACCUUUACAGAUGAUUCCUGGAACCAUUUUACAAACACCAAAAGGCGGAUUGUGGGUCUAUCUUCGGCAGCUUUGAAUAUGUACAUUUUCUAUUAAACUUAUUCCGAACUCUUAUUGUCAACGUCGCAAUAGUGUUUUUAUAUGGAAAAAAAAAAAAAAAAAAAUUGUAACAAAUCCACGUAAAAAUGGAAUUCUCUUCAAAUGUAAUCAAUCAUUACUAUAUCUUAAUAUAAAAAUUUAUAAAAUACUCAAAGUCUUAUGGUUAUUCGUUGAUUAAUUUUGUAAUUAGUUUUAUAAUUUUUUUUUAUGAUUAUUAGAUUUCUUAUGUUCAUCUCAUUAUAUGUUUUUAAAUGAAUAUAGAAGAAUAUAAACGUCUUUAAUUUAUACGAAAAUAUAAGAUAAGAAAUUUGAAAUCGUGUACCUUUUGGUUACGUUCUAUCUAUUCUGAUUUUUAUAAAAUUAUUAUAAGUAUAACAGUUUCUGUCUUCAUGCAGUAAAAAACGCCAUUUAAAUAAAUACCAAAUAAUUUAUGCUUAA